UUGUAUGCCUGUGUAUGUUUCAGACAGCGUUUGAGGUUCUGGGCUUUGUCUCAGUCAUGUCUAACUGCUGGCUGCUGCUGCUGUCCCCUCGCGUCCAGGAGUUCUGUCUGGAGGGAGGGAUCAGCGGAAAGAACAUCAUACUCGUCGCCAUCCUGGUCGAGCAUGUCCUGAUUCUGGUCAAGAUGAUUCUAGCCUUUAUGAUACCAGCAGAGCCUGACUGGGUCAGAAUCAAGAGGGAACAAAUCGAGUUUAACUCUAUGCAAGCUCUAGGGCUGCAGACGCUAUGAAGCCCCUGUGGGAGAGUGAGUGUCCUGUUGCCCUUCAAGUGGUGGUCUGGACUAAGGGGCUCAUUAGAAUUAGCUGCCAUAACGAGGACGGACAGGAGGAUAUAAAGACACAUCUGUUUGGCCUGUGAACUUAAACCCUGGAACCAGCCAGUCUGAGAAGCUCUCUCAGUUUCUCCCUCUGAAGGACUCCCUCUCCAGGCAUAAAUACAGUUCAGGAAGGAAACACCAGGUAUUCGUUUAACCAUUUAUUAGAGAAUAUGAACAAUACGUCUUGGCAAUAGGCUGUGCUCUGUCAGGGUAGCUCACUGUCAGAGCAAAGCGUCAAUAGAUAACAACUACAGGCAGUGAGCAAGGUUUACUAUACCAAUCCACUUGCAGGAAGGAAAACAGAACCAAACAGGUGGA